UGCGUAAAUAUACAUUUUGAAAUAGCGGGAAAUCGCACAUUUUGUCAACGAAGCAGUAAGAAAACAACACAGAAUACAGAGAAAGAUAUGGCUGAACAGCUGACAGCAGGGGCUCUCGAGUCCAUCAUCGGUGGAGAGUCUAUCGACAACCCUGUAUUACAAGUGCUUAGUUCUAAACGAAUCUCUGCCCAAGGCUCAACUGCAGACAGAUACAGACUCCUUUUAUCUGAUGGAGAGACAUCUUAUUCACAUGCCAUGUUGGCAACACAAUUGAACAGUUUGAUGGAGAGUGGCGAGAUGGAUAAUCUGGCUAUUGUAAAGGUGAACCGCUACCUGUGCAACACCAUCCAGGGAGACAAGAGAGUGAUGAUCCUGCUGGAUGUCGCAGUCCUGACUAAAGGUUCAGAUGUAGGACAACGUCUUGGGAAUCCUCAGCAGCUCAAGGCCCAAACAGCUUCAGACAAGGACAGCCACCACUCUGCCCAACUCCCUCCUCAGAUGCCCAAGCAGGAAGCUGGUGGUCAAAGCUACAUGGGUGUUGUGAGUCAGAAGCAAAAUACCAACAAGCAGUCACCACCAGCUAACCCGUACAAAGCAGGAAAUGCCAACAAAGGUGGAAACUUCAGCAUGAAGGGUUCCUCUACACCGACAACGCCUGGCAGCACUCGUGUGCACACUAUCUCCUCACUCACACCUUACCAGAACAGAUGGAGAAUCAGGGCAAGAGUAACUCAGAAAGGUAGUGUACGGACGUGGAGCAAUUCUCGAGGGGAAGGAAAGCUGUUCAGUGUCAACUUUACGGAUGAGUCGGGAGAAAUUCGUGCGACAGGUUUCAAUGAGGCUGUAGACAAAUACUACGACAUGCUGGAAAUGAACAAGGUGUACUAUGUGAGCAGAGGAACAUUAAAGACUGCCAAUAAACAGUACAGCAAUGUGCAGAACGAUUACGAGAUGACAUUCAAUCAGGAUACUGCCAUUGAGCCCUGCACAGAAGAAGUGGAUUUACCAGGCAUUAACUUUCAAUUUGUUGCACUUAAUGAACUUGAAAGCAAAGCUGCAAAUUCCCUUGUGGAUGUGAUAGGAGUGGUGAAGAGCUGUAACGAGGUAGGGACAGUAACCGGAAAACAGAGUCAGAAGGAGAUCACAAAAAGGGACAUAACUGUAGUCGACCAGUCUGGCAUGUCUAUCAGCAUGACACUGUGGGGAAACGAUGCUGUGACAUUCAGUGGUGAUGGUAACCCUGUGAUGGCUGUGAAGGGAGCUCGUCUCUCAGAUUACGGGGGACGGUCUCUGUCUGUAUUAGCCAGUAGUCAAGUGUUGAUGAACCCCACAGACUUGAAGAUCGCCUUCCAGCUUAGGAGUUGGUUCGACACAGAGGGACAGGGCAUGGAGUUCCAGAGCUUCCGUGGCGAGGGUGGCGGUGGAUCAGGUGGUAGUACCAAUUGGAUGACUUUUGCUGAUGUUAAGUCUCAGAAUAUUGGUGGUGGAGAGAAGGCCGAUUACUUCACUUCUAAAGGAACUGUGAUAUUCCUCAGGAAGGAGAACUGCAUGUACAAGGCUUGUCCAACAGAAAGCUGCAAUAAGAAGUUAAUUGACCAAGGCAAUGGCAUGUUCCGGUGUGAAAAGUGCUCCAGAGAAUUCCCAAAUUUCAAAUGGAGGAUGAUUUUGUCUGCCAACCUUGCUGACUUUUCUGACAACCAAUGGGUGACAUGUUUCCAGGAGUCUGCUGAGCUAUUACUGGGGAAGGACGCCCAGGAACUCGGGGACAUGAAGGAUGCUGACGAGGCAGCAUUUGAUCAAGUGUUCCAAGAUGCUAUGUUCAAACCCUACAUUUUUAAACUACGAGCAAAAAUGGAAACCUACAAUGACGAGACCAGACUCAAGACAAUAUGUGUGAAUGCUAACCCGGUCAACUGGAAGGAGUAUGGCAACCGCUUAGUCGAAGAAAUCAAUAAACUUGCAUUAUGAACAUGAACCUCGUGUCAGUCCAGCGAUUAUGUGAUCAUUAUAAUCAAAUGUUGUAUAUUGUCAUUCGAUGCAAUAUUUAAACAUUUAUUAGCAGUUCUAAAAUGUGUGGCAUUAAGUGAGAAAUGACAAAAAGACAAGAUAAGAAACUGUCAUAGGCGAUGAGUUACAGUGAUGCAAUCGACCUACACUAGACCAUUUUGAUGGGUUUCUAUCUCGGAAACCAAGAAAGAUGACAUCACAUGGUUAAUACUUAGGAAUGUCUCGGUGACAAUUGUAGUUUAAUGACCAUGCAGAAGCAGAAUUUAUUCUGAAGUAUAUGUUGUGUACAUGUCUGUAAGUAUACAUAUGUAUAUAUUAGAAACUUGUAGUAUUCACUUUUGUGUUACUAUUGAUGCAAAUCAUCCUGGAAUCUGGUUUAUUUACAUAAACUGGUGCAUUGAUAAUAUAAGGAAUUCAGUGCUAGAAUUUCAGACAUUUGUGAAAUAUGUCAUCAGUUCUUUGCAGAUAAACAUUUUGUUGGGUAUAUAAAACUGGCUUAGACGUCAUUCUGUGGGAUGUACUGUGUCCUAGUUUGAUGAAAUCAUUUUUGAUUUCUUAAUCAUAAAGCUAUCAUGGAUGAUUAAAUUUCUUACAGGAAUUUUUACGUUGUGGAAUCAUCAAGUUUAAAACCAUAUGCAUCUUUAACUAAUUCAAAUCGAUUAUAAGGUGUGGAAUCAUGUUCAAGAUGAUAACAAAAAUAUGUAGCUAGAUAUCAGGCGUCCAAUCAUAACUGAAAUGAUAACAAGAAUGUGUAGUCAAUAAUUCUUUAAUCAUUAUGUUCAAAAUUUUCAAGAUUUUUUUUGAAGCUGCAAUCAUUUUUGCAUUUGUUUUUUGCAUGACUCUACAUGUAGGUAGACCUUUUGUUAAGAUAAUGUUAACCUGUAAAGGUGAUUUUUACACUUCCUUUGAAUUUUACCCUAGCCAUCUAUGUUCAGCGAUACCAGGUGUGAAUCAUUGUAAGAGGAACAGUUGCAUAUAAUAAAUGCCUGUUUGUACAUC